AUGUCUUCAAUAAAAGAGUUUGCACACCUUAAAAUUUCCCUAGAAGCUAUAAAAUUGGCAACCAAUAACUUUGGUGACAGCUGCUACAUCAGUGAAGGUGGAUUUGGUAAGGUCUACAAAGGAGAGCUCUUUCACUUCGGUGAUCAGAUUAUGGUUGCAGCCAAGCGCUUAGAUAGAAGAUUUGGACAAGGGACCCCAGAGUUUUGGAAAGAGAUCAUGAUGCUUUCUCGCUACAGACAUGAAAAUCUGGUCGCUCUCUUGGGCUUUUGUGAUGAGGGUGGUGAGAAUAUCCUUGUGUAUGAGUAUCUACCGAAUCAAAGUCUCGACAAGUACCUUAGUAGCUCUAAUCUGUCAUGGAUCCAACGCCUAAACAUAUGCAUUGGGGCAGCUUGUGGGCUAGAGUAUCUUCACAAUCCGGGUGACACUACACAAAGAGUGCUACACCGUGAUAUGAAAAGCUCCAACAUAUUAUUAGAUAAGAAUUGGAAUGCCAAAAUUUCAGAUUUUGGUCUUUCCAAACUCGGACCUGCUAACCAAGAGUUCACAUUUCUUAUCACCCAUGCAGUAGGGACUCCUGGGUAUUGCGAUCCACUUUACGGGGAUACUGGAUUCUUGACAAAAGAAUCUGAUGUCUAUUCCUUUGGGGUGAUUUUAUUCGAAGUCUUGUGUGGAAGGCUUUGCGUAUCGAAUUGUGAUGACAAUCGCCGUUUUUUGUCGAAAUUGGCACAAAGCUGCUAUGAAGAAAAGAAGCUGCAGACAGUUGUACUUGAUUGUCUACAAGAGCAAAUAUAUCCAGAUUGUUUGGAAAUGUUCUCUAAAACUGCAUAUCAAUGUCUACACAAAGAUCACAAUGAACGUCCACUGGUAGCUGAGAUCGUAAAACAACUUAAAGAUGCCCUUAAAUGUCAAGUGGAAUAUAUGGUUGAGAAGGAAAAGAAGUUCAUAUUUUACACAGCAUUUUAUGCGGAGGUAAACAUGCAUAUGCAUGAUGAGCUAGAACAGGUGUCUAGUAAUAAUUAUGAAGAGAGCAUGGAUAUGCAAAUCAUUCAGCAUAAUGAUAUGUCGGAAGAGGAGUUGAAAGCAUAUGAUGGUAGAGAUCCUAGGAAGCCUGUUCUUUUGGCGAUCAAAGGUCAGAUCUAUGAUGUCUCAUCGGCCAGGAUGUUUUACGGAGCAGGUGGUACUUAUGGAGAGUGGAGUGGGAAAGAUGCCAGUAGAGCCAUUGCAAAAUUCAGCUUUGAAGAGGAAGAUUUGAAUAGCGAUCUCACUGGUCUCGAGAAGGUUGAGCUAGAGGCCUUAGAUGAUUGGGACAUCAUGUUCAGGAGUAAGUAUGUUAAGGUUGGAUCCAUCGAAAAUCCGAAGAAAAAUCUGCCCGCUUGGAUCUAUAAAAAAUUCAAAGAGAAAUCUCACUACUACAAAAAGUCACAUAGAACUCGCCAUAUAGCACCCGCAAUGGAAUGCAUAUUUCAAGGUUUAUGCUGGUUGCAUAUAACACCGGUGGGAAGGGUAGAUUUGUUUCUUUAUUGCUGCCAACGAAUUGCACCACCGUUGCCGGAGUACCGCCACAACAACACCACCACUUUUCUACCUGCAACCACCAUAUGCUAUAUUUUAUCCAAAUUUCUUAAAUUGUGCAUGUAUAAUGUAUUUCACAGUGAAUUGACAAGAGCAUUAGUAGCAAUGGGAAGCAUUAGUGGGGACAUGAAGCAUUUGCAGGACAAUUGGAGCAAUAGCAAUGAGGCAUCAACGACGACCUUUAGUGAUGUAUAA